AUGGUUGUUCCAGUUCACCCUCUGAUUCAAGUUCGAAAUCAGUUAGUGGGAGCCCCUGUAAACACGGAUGUCACCCUACAGUGUCACGUUGAGGCGUCCCCAAAAGCAAUCAACUACUGGACUAGAGAGAGCGGUGAAAUGAUUAUUUCAAACGACAAAUACUACAUGACAGAAAUCAACAAUUCAUACUACAGCGUACAAAUGAAACUUAUUAUACGAAGAUAUCACAAGGCUGACCAGGGUGGAUAUAAAUGUAUAUCAAAAAAUUCCAUAGGGGAUGCCGAAGGCAAUAUUAGAUUAUACGAAGUAGAAAUUCCACAGCGAGUAGACAUAGUAGAAGAUACUGAGCAAACCUCAGCAGAAGAGGAAAACUCCGAAAAUAGCGAGAAACGCUUAUACAACGGUUUCCAAGGUCCCCACAGCGAGAACGAACAAAACAACUUACCAUUAAAUGAAUCAGAUUUUACAAAAAAAGAAAUAGAAUAUCCCAGUUUGAGUGCAAAUGAUGAUGAUGUGAACCUAAGGGUACCAAAUUCAGACAAAAUAAUUGUUCAAAAAGUACUCAUCUUACAGAGUCCAGUAGAAACAAUUACUCAGACUGAACCACCGAAUUUAACAGAUAUAUAUGGCGAAAGUUCUGAUGACAAAAACAUUAAUGAAGGAAAUAUAGAAAAUGCAUUUGGCACAAGAACGAAUAAUUUAAACGUUAUUGUUGAAGAAGUUCAGUACAUUGAAAAACAAUAUAUUUUACCGCUUGUUAAUUACACAACUAUGAAUAACAACCACAACGAUGAUUCGCAGGAGUACCUUGAAGGUGAAGAUUCAGAUGAUUCCGUUAAAGAUAGGGACUAUACACCUAAUGAAUCAGAUGGGAGUAGUUCAGAAGACAUUGAAAAUAGAUUUAAUAAGGAAGAUCACAUUAAAAAAAGUUAA